AUGUGCUGGCUGCAGGGUAUCUCGGUGCUCUACGGCUCCAACGUGUUCAUCCUGGAAAGUCAGGAACUGCUCGACCUCUUGCUCGACCCAGCCGAGAGGAGUCAAGGCUAUGUGGUUCGGCCCCAGCACCUGGCCCUGAUCAAGUCGCUGGAAGUGCGCAUAGACACCAUGCUCUUCCCGACGCCGGGCCAGGACUACGGUGGCGCAUACCGGGAGAGCCAUCCGAAUUGGAACGGGCGGCGGUCUAUGCCACACGUGGGUGGGUUGAAGGCCACGUUCCCCGGUUUGCAGACACUAGUCGUCUCUUUUACCGACUACUUGUACGAGGACCACAUAACGCGCCCGGCAGCUCGACUGCCCGAGCUCAAGGCCAUGCUACUCGAACCCUUGGCCGAAGGGUUCGCCCCGUUUGCGUCGACCCAGGAACAGCCUUUUGUGGUGGAGCUGCCCAUCGCCGUCUUCGACGACCUGGUCGACCUCAAGGUCUUUGCCAGGGAGGCGCGGGAACACCACCUUGUCGAGGGGUGGAGAUGGCUGCGGUACCCGAUAGCAGGCAGCGACAAGGAGCUGUUCUAUUACAUCAAGCAGGGCACGGAGUCUGGUCUGUUCUGGGAUUAUCAGGGCAGACCUGGGAACUAUGGGCACCAUUCGGGACAUUUAGUUCUUAGCCAAGUGGACGGGAGGGGCCGCGGCUAACUUGAGCGCAGACGGACAAUAGAUCGCACUCUCUACUCUUGUACACACGAACCGGCAAGGCGACACAUGAAGCUCAUACUCCAACACACACAAACACAUCUGGCA